UAGACUCUGUCCUUCGUAAAGCUGACAGUAUGCAGUCAUUCCUUGUGCAAGCUCUGCUGAUCGCGCUCUGCGUUAUACACGCUGAGUGUGGAGGAAGCAGGACGCCAUGUGCCUUCAGUUCGCGAUCAUCCAAGAGUAAAAGACACAUGGAGCCUGUCUACAGAAGCAGGAGAGCGACCUGCGACUCAAGCGACACCUAUCGGACAGCCGAUGGCACGUGCAAUAACGUGGACAAUUCGGAAUGGGGAGCUGCUGGUGCUCAACUCACUAGGUGGCUGGAACCUGUCUAUGCCGACGCAACUGGAAACCCCAGGGCACUGGCUACAGAUGGAUCAGACCUGCCUAACCCAAGAAGCAUCAGCAACCAUGUUCACUUUGAGCUGAGUUUUCUUUCCGUCAGAAACUCCGUCAUGCUGAUGCAGUGGGGUCAGUUUAUUGACCACGACAUAACGGGAACGCCGGUGGUUACAGAAAAUGGAAGUGAUAUUGAAUGUUGUGACAGAACCGAUUCCGUUCCAAGCGACACAGACUCUCCAUGUUUCCCAAUCAACCUUCCUGAUGGUGACUUCUACUUUGGCGAUGGUAAAUGUAUGAACCUUGUGAGAUCGGAGGCGGUUUCAGGAACAGGCACAGAUUCCUCCAAUCCACGACAACAGUACAAUGAACUGUCCGCCUUCAUAGACGGUUCCCACAUCUACGGGAUUUCAGACUCGGAGACGGCCGAGCUCAGAGACACUGACUCCGGAUCCGGAUUGUUGAAAGUGGGAACAAACAAUCUUCUGCCGGAAGGAGAUUCUGACGAUUGCUUUCUUGAUACUUCUGAUUCAAGCAACUACUGUUUCAAAGCAGGUGACUCGAGAGUCAAUGUCUUCCCUGGACUGAGUGCUCUACACACUCUGUUCAUGAGAGAACACAACCGUGUUGCAACAGAACUCAAAGGCUACAACAGUGGUUGGGAUGACGAGAAACUCUUCCAAGAAGCAAGACGAAUAGUUAUUGCUGAAUUACAGGUGAUCACAUACAACGAGUGGCUGCCUCAAAUCCUUAGUGACGACGGGGUUGCAAACUACAGUCUGGAACUGGGCAACUACAACUACAAUUCCAGCCUCGACCCAACUCUCAGUAACGUCUUCUCAACCGCAGCUUUCCGAUUUGGCCAUUCGAUGGUGCCAGAAAACCUCACAAUAGGAAGCGAAGUCGUGGACACUGGUGACCUUUUCAAGAGAACCAAAUACGUCAUCAACAGCCUGGACGACGUCAUCAGUAGUUUUCUGGGCGCUGCAGGUGAACGUGUUGAUGCAUGGUAUGUUGAUGGCAUGAGGCAGAGGAUGUUUGAGGAGGAUUCCGACACGAACGACGGAUUUGACAUUGUGAGUCUGAACAUUCAGCGAGGAAGAGAACACGGUCUCCCUCCUUAUAACGCCUGGAGAGAAUACUGUGGUCUCGACAAAAUCACCUCCUUCACAUCUGAUAAUGAUUUCGGAUUCAUUCAAGGUCGCGAUCUUGAGGAUAUAUAUAACAGUGUGGACGACAUUGAUCUGUACAGUGGAGGUGUUGCUGAAGUCCCGUUUGAUGUAGCAGCGGUGGGAAGAACCUACAUCUGUCUGAUCGGAGAACAGUUCAAGAAAUUGAGGGAUGGUGACAGGUUCUGGUUCGAAUCUACAGACUCUGUCACUGGUUUUACUUCUGAUCAAAUAACGCAGCUGGAAAAAGCGUCAUUGGCUCGUAUCAUCUGUGACAAUGCCGACAAUGUCAGCACCAUCCAGCGGUCAGCCUUCCUUAAUACUAACAUAGGCACCAAUGGAUCUGGAAACCCGGAAGUGAGCUGCUCUACCCUGAAGGAAGUGAAGCUACGCAGAUGGCAGGAGUAACCAUCAACACGUGGCCCUGUCCUUACCACGUUGUGUCAGUACUGUUAAUAAAGACAUCAACUUGAUCACUAUGUCUUAGUCAUAUG